AUGGCUGUCGGAAAGAACAAGGGUUUGGCGAAAGGAGGCAAAAAGGGCGUGAAGAAGAAGAUCGUGGAUCCGUUCACUCGUAAGGAGUGGUAUGACGUGAAGAGUCCGUCGAUGUUUUCGGUGCGAAAUGUGGGCAAAACUCUGGUGAACAAGACUCAGGGCACGAGAAUCGCUUCCGAGGGACUCAAGGGUCGCGUCUUCGAGUGCUCGUUGGCUGACCUCCAGAACGAUGAGAUCGCGUACAAGAAGUUCCGACUCAUCGCAGAGGAAGUCCAGGGGAGGAUCGUAUUGACCAACUUUCAUGGCAUGGAUUUGACAACUGAUAAGUUGCGCUCAAUGGUCAAGAAGUGGCAGACCCUCAUUGAGGCUAAUGUGGACGUCCGCACCACCGAUGGCUAUCUGUUGCGCUUGUUUUGCAUCGGAUUCACCAGAAAAUGGCAAAACCAGGUGAAGAAGACCUCGUACGCACAGCACACGCAAGUGAGACAAAUCCGCAAACGUAUGACUGACACCAUUCAGCGUGAAGUCUCCUCCAGCGACCUCAAGGAAGUGGUCAACAAAUUGAUCCCCGACUCGAUCGCUAAAGACAUCGAGAAGUCGUGUCAAUCGAUAUACCCUUUGCAUGACGUGAUGAUCAGGAAAGUGAAGGUUUUGAAGAAACCUAAGUUUGAUUUGGGAAAACUGCUCGAAAUCCACGGCGAGACCACUAAAGGCACUGCCGCUCCCGUGGCCCCCGGAGAGGAGCCCAUGAAAGUGGACAGACCUGAGGGAUACGAACCACCCGUUCAGGAGAGUGUCUGA